UGGCUGCGCGCGGCGGGUGAGGUCCGCGUGACUGCUGUGCGGUCCGACAGCCAGGCGGGGCCGCGGUGCUCAGAGUUUCCCGAGCUCCCCGUCCGCCACCUCGGGACUAUGAUCCGGAACGGGCACCGGACGGUGGACAGCGACGGGCGGCCAGGUCCGGCGGGUGGAAGCGCCGUGCGCGUGUGGUGCGAUGGCUGCUAUGACAUGGUACAUUAUGGCCACUCCAACCAGCUGCGCCAGGCACGGGCUAUGGGCGACUACCUCAUUGUGGGUGUGCAUACUGACGAGGAGAUCGCCAAGCACAAGGGGCCUCCGGUGUUUACCCAGGAAGAGAGAUACAAAAUGGUUCAGGCCAUCAAGUGGGUAGAUGAGGUGAUACCUGCCGCUCCUUAUGUCACUACACUGGAGACACUGGACAAGUACAACUGUGACUUCUGUGUUCAUGGCAAUGACAUCACACUGACUGUAGAUGGCCGUGACACUUACGAGGAAGUGAAACAGGCAGGGAGGUACAGAGAAUGCAAACGCACCCAGGGUGUGUCUACCACAGAUCUCGUGGGCCGCAUGCUGCUGGUGACCAAGGCUCAUCACAGCAGCCAGGAGAUGUCCUCUGAGUACCGCGAGUAUGCAGACAGCUUUGGCAAGCCCUCUCACCCAACACCUGCCGAGGACACACUUUCCUCAGAAGGCUCCUCCCAGUGCCCUGGGGGGCAGAACCCCUGGACAGGGGUGUCCCAGUUCCUACAGACAUCUCAGAAGAUCAUCCAGUUUGCUUCUGGAAAGGAGCCUCAGCCAGGGGAGACCGUCAUCUAUGUAGCUGGAGCCUUCGACCUGUUCCACAUUGGACACGUGGACUUCCUGGAGAAGGUGCACAAGCUGGCAGACAGGCCCUAUGUCAUCGCUGGCCUGCACUUUGACCAGGAGGUCAACCGGUACAAGGGGAAGAAUUAUCCCAUCAUGAACCUGCACGAGAGGACACUGAGUGUGCUGGCCUGCCGGUAUGUGUCUGAAGUAGUGAUUGGGGCACCAUAUGCAGUCACAGCAGAGCUUCUGGGUCACUUCAAGGUGGACCUGGUAUGUCACGGGAAGACAGAGAUUGUGCCUGACAGGGAUGGAUCUGAUCCCUACCAGGAGCCCAAGAGAAGGGGCAUCUUCCACCAGAUUGACAGUGGCAGCAACCUUACCACAGACUUGAUUGUGCAGAGGAUCAUCAAGAACAGGUUAGAGUACGAGGCACGAAACCAGAAGAAAGAAGCCAAGGAGCUGGCCUUCCUGGAGGCCAUAAGGCAGCAGGAGGCACAGCCCAUGAGGGAGGCCGAGUAGGGAUCCUGGGCCCUGCGGCGCCCACUGCGCUCUGCUUCUGCAUCUAAGUACCCACAAAUCUAAAGGAAGCCACAGCAUCAGCCUGGCUGGCCACAGAGGGCCAAUGAGGAGGAUGUUCCUUCUCCUGCCUGCAAGGUACCUGUCCUGCAGCAGGCCCUCAGCCCUCUCCAUACAGGAGCAGCCCAGCUUGCGUGAUGCGCAGAGGGCACCUGCAACCCAAGGGGUGCUGCUCCGGUCUGCUGCUGCUGCUGACUGGGUUCCAGCUGCAGCUCCCCUCUCUUGGACAGGCAUGCCCUGCCUCUUGGCUGGAGGCUGUACUGUCUACCCAGCUUUUGAAGGUGGGGAGCAGAGGGGACAGCCUUGGGGAGCUGUGGCUCUGGGGCUGGCGACCCCCAAGUUGGCACACUCUGCCCUGCAGCACAUCCAGCACCCCUUGCCUGGCUCUGGGAAGACUUAAGUGUGCCCCGCCCAUCCGGCUAGCCUCCUCAACCUCUCUGGACUUCUGGUUCUCCACUCUGUACCUCGGGCUGGUGUAAUUCACUGCAACUGAAUAAAGCUUGUGGGACGUGC